ACACUCACACACACCGAGGCACACACACAGAACCUGCCAACACUGGACAAUGACGAACUCUUCAAUUCCCAAACGGGCCGAUUCUGAUUUUUCUUUAUUACUGAGGAUUAACCCAUAACAUUUUGACCUUUUUUUUUAAUCAUAUUUGUCAAGUCACCUGAAUAAUUCCCUGCAACAAGAAACUUUUAUAAACUUCAUGGGAUCAGUCUGAAAGAUGGAGGCAGAGGAGAAUAAAAUUUCAGUGUGGGUUUGUCGCGAAGAGAAGCUCGUGUCGGGUUUGUCGAAGCGCACGAGCUGCGCGGAUGUGAUCCGGGUCUUACUGGACGAGCAGAACCUGGAGAAGCGCGUGUCCCUCUCGGGCUCUCCUCAGUCCUACUGCAUCGUGGAGAAAUGGAGAGGAUUUGAACGGAUUUUACCGAACAAAACCAAAAUACUGCGACUGUGGAGCGCGUGGGGAGAGGAACAAGAAAACGUCCAGUUCGUGUUGGUGAAAAACGAGGCGUCUUUACCCAGCAACGGGCCUCGGAGCGCAGAGGCGCGCGUCGUUCUCAGCAAGGAGAGCCCGUGCGUCUACAAGGGGACCGCCAGAGUGACCAUGGCUCUGUCACAGGACAAACAGAGACGGAUAGUCAGGAAAGCGUUCAGAAAGUUGGAUAAAAUCAACAAGAAGCGGGCGCAGGCUGCGUCUAAAGACUCCUCAUCCACGGAGAAGAUGGAGACCCUUGUGCACCUGGUCGUUUCUCAAGAUCACACCAUCCGCCAGCAGAUUGAGAGGAUAAAAGAGCUGGACAGGGACAUUGAAAGGUUUGAGGCCAAAGUGCAUUUUGAUAGAAUGAAGAUGCAUGGGAUCAACUACGUCCAGGAUACGUAUUUAGUGGACACCAACCCAGAUAAAGUUAGCGAGGGGGACAAAACGAGCCCAGAGGCAGCUCUCGCCCAGUUUGAGGAAUAUGCUCAGAGACGCGAGGAGGUCAUCAAACUGGAGGAAGAGCUGGCGAACCACGAGGCCCUCAUGGAGAGCAUUACGACUGAGAUUCAAGAGGAACUCAACCAGAGGUGGAUGAAAAGAAGACACGAGGAACUCGCGAAUAAAGAGUCUGAAACCACUUCUGGAGAGACGUCUCUAAGAGUCACAACUCGAGAAAAAGACGAUGGACCUUCAGCGGGGGAUGUGUCUUCUGACAACGACUUGCUUCUGGAAGAAGAGAGGAUCAGAACCCAGCUUGACGCCAGUUUGUACAUCGGUCUGCGGCUAAACACCGAUUUGGAGGCCAUAAGGAAUGAUUUGGACUUGACCCAGGAGAUAUGGGGGGCGAAAGAGAAAGAACUGAAGGAUUUAAUGGAGAAAGUCAACUCUUUGGAUUUUGAGGAGGAGCUGAAAGAGGAAAACACAAUAGAAACAGACAGAUUGAUGCCGCUCCAGGGGGACAGUGUGUGGGUGGAGCAGGCAAGAGGGCUUUCAAAAGCAUGUGACGUGAAUGAUGACGACUCAGAUACAGGACUCAGCUCAAUGCACAGUCAAGACUCAGAUAUCACACCCAUCUGCGAAUCUUUGGUGUAAAAAAAACACCAAACAGCAACAACAACCUACUUUCAUAUUAUCCCUUGCUGGAUAGUUCAAAUGAACAAUGCAUGUCUUAAUUUAACACAUUUUACAUUUGCAUACAGUAAACAAACGUAAAGCGGAGGCAAACAUGAGUGCUUGCAAAGUAAAAAAAAAAAAAGACCUUUACUGCAAAUCAAAAUGAAAUGACAUGAUCAAAACACAUUAAGAACAUAACUAUGCACGUACCAACCGUUCUGAGUCUUAGUUUUUUUUUUUUUUUCAUGUAGAUGUCUAUAAGAAUAUAUGGUAGCUUUUUUCUGCCACUGAAUAAAAAAAAUAAAAAUGGCAAAGUAUGGAAGCUGAAAAAAAAAAAAAACUAAGUUCUAAGAAUUCUCAGAAGAGUCAAAUGUCAACAUUUGUCAAAUUCAAAAUCAUAUAUUAAAAAAAAUCAGAAUUUCUUGAUGUAAACUUAAUUCUGAAAAAAAAAAAAAAAAAUUCUGAAGACAAAGUCAGAAUUGCAGAGAUUGUGAGAAAAAGUAAAAAUUGUGAGAUAAAAACUCACUGUCAUCCUUUUAAUAUUUUGUUCUGUUGCAGAAAUAAGCUUCCAAUAAUCAGUGUUAACUUCAUACAUGUAUUUGUGAUCACAGCAAUGUUAUUUUGAGAAAAAUAUUCAGGAUCGAAAUCUAGGGGGUUGGCAUCAUUUCCAACAUUAUGAAGUGCUUUGCAAAUCGGUUUUACAUUACAGUAUGGUUUAUGCAUUACGAUGAGCUAUUUAAAGCUGGUGUGUGAUUUCUGUGCAUCACCAAACAGAAUUCUUUUAAAUAAUCGAAAGGUUUUCACACUGAUUUCAGUGUUGCAAAUAUUUAAUGAUAUUUUAAUAGAUGUUUUGGCAGUGCAAAAGCAUGAAAUAAACAUAAAAUAAAAUUUCCCUGUCUGCACUGUUCUGAUAUUUUCAUGGAGCUCCAGAGUGCUUUGUCACAUGCUGUUUACGACUCUGCUGAUGGCAGAAUUGAUAUUAAAUUAUGCACUUCUGGAUAAAUGGUGGCAAGCCAAACAAUAGUCUUUUUGAUAUGAUUAGGAAUAUUAAUUUCUGUAUUAUAUACUUCCUUAAAAGAGAAAGUGUUUUAACAUAAAAGAAACACACUUCAGCUUUAAGUUGCAUUAUGGCAUUGCUUGAGCUCAAGAAAGGUGCAGUAUAAUUAUGUAUGUGGAAAAACUAUUAUUAUAAUUUUUCUUUAAAUAGAGAAUCCAUGUAUUUAGAAAUGUACAAAUGUAAAAUUUGUGUAACAUGAGAAUCUGUCAUAGCACAGUGUUGUCUUAUAAACUGAA